UAUUUUCAACCAAAGAAAACAAGACAGCAUGUCUGGUCGUAAGCUAGGGAAGAUUGCGGUGCAAUCCAGCGCCUUCUUUUUGUGUGACAUGCAAGAAGGAUUUCGUAAAACAAUAAGCUAUUAUCCUGCAGUUAUUGAAGUGGCCAGGAGGGUGCUUGCUGCCAGUGAACAUUUGAAUAUGCCUGUUGUUGUGACUGAGCAAUACCCGAAAGGUCUUGGUCCAACUGUAAGUGAACUGAAUGUGAAGCACCAUAAAGUAUUCCCAAAGACUAAAUUUACAAUGGCCAUACCAGAGGUGGAGGAACACCUUAGCAAAUACCCAGGUUGGUAG